CCGCCCCUCCAGGUAGCCAGCUGCGAGGAAACUUGAACUACCAAGUACUGCAGCCAUGGAGUCCAUGCUUAAUAAAUUGAAGAGUACUGUUACCAAAGUAACAGCUGAUGUCACUAGUGCUGUUAUGGGAAAUCCUGUCACUAGAGAAUUUGAUGUUGAUCCUCAUAUUGCCAGUGGUGGCAAUGGGCUGGCAUGGAAGAUUUUUAAUGGCACAAAGAAGUCAACUAAACAGGAAGUGGCUGUUUUUGUCUUUGAUAAAAAGCUGAUUGACAAAUAUAAAAAAUUUGAAAAGGAUCAAAUCAUCGAUUCUUUAAAACGAGGAGUCCAACAGCUCACCCGGCUACGCCACCCUCGACUUCUUACGGUCCAGCAUCCUUUAGAAGAGUCAAGGGAUUGCUUGGCAUUUUGUACAGAACCAGUUUUUGCAAGUUUAGCCAAUGUUCUUGGUAACUGGGAAAAUCUACCCUCUUCAAUAUCUCCAGACAUUAAGGAUUAUAAACUUUAUGAUGUAGAAACUAAGUAUGGUUUGCUUCAGGUUUCUGAAGGAUUGUCAUUUUUGCUUAGCAGUGUGAAAAUGGUUCAUGGAAAUGUUACUCCUGAAAAUAUAAUUUUGAAUAAAAGUGGAGCUUGGAAAAUAAUGGGUUUUGAUUUUUGUGUGUCAUCAAGCAAUCCUUCUGAACAAGAGCCUAAAUUUCCUUGUAAAGAGUAGGACCCAAACUUACCAUCAUUGUGUCUUCCAAAUCCUGAAUACUUGGCUCCUGAAUACAUCCUCUCCGUGAGCUGUGAAACAGCCAGUGAUAUGUAUUCUUUAGGAACUGUUAUAUAUGCUGUCUUUAAUAAAGGGAAACCUAUAUUUGAAGUCAACAAGCAAGAUAUUUACAAGAGUUUCAGUAGACAGUUGGAUCAGCUGAGUCGUUUAGGAUCUAGUUCACUUACAAUUAUACCUGAAGAAGUUUGUGAACACGUGAAACGGUUGUUGAAUGUAACUCCAACUGUAAGGCCUGAUGCAGACCAAAUGACAAAAAUUCCCUUCUUUGAUGAUGUUGGUGCAGUCACGCUUCAAUAUUUUGAUACCUUAUUUCAAAGAGAUGAUCUUCAGAAAUCACAAUUCUUCAAAGGAUUGCCAAAGGUUCUACCAAAGCUGCCCAAGCAUGUCAUCGUGCAGAGAAUUCUGCCUUGUUUGACUUCAGAGUUUGUCAAUCCUGAUAUGGUACCUUUUGUUCUGCCUAAUGUGUUACUGAUCGCUGAGGAGUGCACCAAAGAAGAGUAUGUCAGAUUAAUUCUGCCCGAGCUUGGUCCUGUGUUUAAACAGCAGGAGCCAGUCCAGAUUUUGUUAAUUUUCCUACGAAAAAUGGAUUUGCUCCUAACCAAAACCCCUCCUGAUGAGAUAAAGAAUAGUGUGCUACCCAUGGUCUACAGAGCCCUGGAGGCUCCUUCCAUUCAGAUUCAGGAGCUCUGUCUAAACAUCAUCCCAACAUUUGCAAAUCUUAUAGACUACCCAUCCAUGAAAAAUGCUUUGAUUCCAAGAAUUAAAAAUGCCUGUUUACAAACAUCUUCCCUUGCUGUUCGUGUGAAUUCAUUAGUCUGUUUAGGAAAGAUUUUGGAGUACUUGGAUAAGUGGUUUGUACUUGGUGAUAUCCUACCCUUCUUACAACAGAUUCCCUCCAAGGAGCCGGCAGUCCUCAUGGGAAUUUUAGGUAUUUAUAAAUGUACUUUUACUCAUAAGAAACUGGGUAUCACCAAAGAGCUGCUGGCUGGAAAAGUACUGCCUCAUCUCAUUCCCCUGAGUAUUGAAAACAAUCUUAAUCUCAAUCAGUUCAGUUCUUUCAUUGCCGUCAUAAAGGAGAUGCUGAGCAGACUGGAGUCAGAGCACAGGACUAAGCUGGAGCAGCUUCACAUGAUGCAGGAGCAGCAGAGGUCUUUGGACAUAGGAAAUCAAAUGAGCGCUCCUGAGGAGACAAACGUUGCACAUACUGGAAGUCAGCAGAUUGAUAAGGUCUUUAACCACAUUGGAGCAGACCUUCUAACUGGUGGCGAAUCGGAAAAUAAAGAAGAUGGGCUGCAGAAUAAACAGAAAAGAGCGUCACUUACACUUGAAGAAAAACAGAAACUAGCAAAAGAGCAGGAGCAGGCUCAGAAGCUGAAAAGCCAGCAGCCUCUCAAGCCCCAGGUCCACACUCCCAUUGCGCCCAUCAAACAGACGAACGGCUUGACAGACACGUUGAUGGACAACAUAACCUCGUUGAGCAGCCUUUCUGUUAGCACUCCCAAGCUUUCUGCUUCAAGUACCGUCACAUCCGUUCCUUCCACGGGCCUCAGCAUGAUGUUCUCUACACCAAUUGAUAAUACAAAGAGAAAUUUGACAAAUGGUCUAAAUGCCAACAUGGGCUUUCAGACUUCGGGGUUCAACAUGCCGGUCAAUCCAAACCACAACUUCUUCAGUGGUACGAGCACAGCUGGAGUGACCACCAUGACUCUGGGAGCAGCCCCCACUCUGUCAAACUACAGUUCUUUGAGUGUUCCUCCUGCUGGUGCGAAGCAGGCUCAACAGUGACCACCUGAUAUGUCUGCCCUUAAUAAUCUCUUUGGCCCUCAGAAACCCAAAGUUAGCAUGAACCAGCUAUCCCAACAGAAACCGAAUCAGUGGCUGAAUCAGUUUGUACCUCCUCAAGGGUCCCCAGGUCUGGGCAGCACAGCCAUGGGCACACAGGAGAGCCAUGUCCUGACUUGUACAGACAGCAGACGAAGAACCCGGAUACAACUUUCUCGAUCACUGCCUCCAUACUCGAGUUUGAAUUCAAACUUCUGA